ACUGAUGUUCCACGCACCUUGUCACUGAUAAAACUGUUAUCUUUUGUUUACUCUGGGUAGAGUUAUCGUAUUGUUGUAUCUCAUGGAUAGUCAGCUAACUGCCGAUAUUUCCAGUGUUAAUUAGGACAAUAAAUCUUGUAAGAGUUAAUUAGACAUGCGGAUGUGGGUAUUAGGUGUGUUCGUGGCGAGUCUGGCGUGGUUGGCCUACGUGGGGCCGGGCAACAGUCAAAUUGUAGAGGUUUCACCCCCGGACGAGCCAGCGCCAGAACUGUUGUACGGCUUUGAUGAGGUACAACCACGUAGCCAUGUCAACAGAAACAUCAGGCAGUCUUUCCUAUCCUACUACCAGUACCUGGCCAUUUCCUACUGUUUCGCGCGGCACAAUGUGACCCUCCCAGGGUUCGAGGGACUGUUCCGAUCCUACUCGGAAAUGGAGCUGCAAAACGCAGAGAAGUUAAUGGGUUAUAUGGUCAAGAGGGGGAUGACCUUUGACUUCCAUUCAAUUAACGUCCAUUCGGACAGAUUUAUACAGUGUUAUGAACGAGAUGACACUGGUGAAACUGCGUGGAGCUACGUUACAAAGGUCACUGCACAUGUUCUGAAGAACCAGAAGGACCUGUUGAAUAAGUACAAGAAAACUCACUUUUCUGCUACGUCGCAUAACUUCCCACAUCUCAAAGCGUUUAUCGAGGAUGAAUUCAUGGAGCAGAAGUACCAAAAGAUCAAAGAAAUAGCCGACACUCAGACUCGUCUGGAGAGGAUUCGGACCAACAACCAUUCCGAACUCGGACUGUACCUGUUUGACCGGUCGUUGCUGUCGUGAGCAUCUUUUGUGUUGUGUAAAGGCAAAUCUUGCUCAUCGAAGAAGACAGUAUGAAAUAAACUCUUUUGGACUUUCAGUAAAACAGCUUACUAGGAUAUUUUCGUUUUAGUUUGGAAUCUUGCCACUGGAAAUUAAGAUUUCAUUUUAAUAAAGUUACUUGUCGAAGAC